AUGUACGUAGCGCGAACCCUCCUAGUAUUCUUAGCGACUACAGCUCGAGCCCAUAUGUCGUUAUGGUAUCCGCCCCCUCUCGGUGGUAGUAAAGAAGCGAAUUCUUUCACAACACAGGUGGAUAAGGAAUUCAACUUUCCAAUUGGAUGCUGCGAUUCUCAGGGCGAGCCAACACUGCCUUCUCCUGGCGAUUGUCGUGGUCAUCUUGACCUUCUAGAUACCGAAGAAGGCACACCGCAAGUCACAUGGGAACCUGGCCAGGACGCUUACUUCAAGUUAUCCGACCACAUGUAUAGUAUCGGUGUUCCAGGAUCAACUCACUAUGGUGGAAGCUGCCAAGUCGGCUUCUCCGUGGACAAAGGUCAGACAUGGAAAGUCGCAGCUUCAUACCAUGGGAACUGCCCUCAUAGGGAUAAAGACACGCCGCAAGUCUUUGAGUUCAAAGUCCCUUUAAACAUACCAACUGGUAUAGCAGUAUUUGCUUGGGUUUGGCUGAACCGUGAGCACGAAUUCUUCAUGAACUGUGCAGCCGUUCAGAUUGGCUCGAGCUAUAGCAGUAUCACCACGCGCACUUACACAAGUGCUAAAACUGAUCCUAAUACAUAUUAUACUGCACCACUAGAUGCUCCUAGCAAAUCACUAAGGUGGAGAUACAUCAAACAUCGUCACAGUGGGAAGCAUUCCAGGCAUAACUAUCAUAUUUACAAACCCAAUGUCUUACCAUCGCCUGAGGAGCCCCGCCGCAGGUCAGGAAAACCGGCUUCCGAUGCUUGCGAUUGGAACACCGCACCCAGGAUGGAAACUAGCUACUAUUCUGUAGAUGCAAGAUGUGCACCUAACGCUAAGCUGAAGAAUCCAAAGAGUGAUGACUUUGAGAUUGGCUGGGGCAACGCGUGCGGCGUCGUAGAGGGAGACAAAGAGUAUGCUAUUCACAACAUCGAGUGUUAG